CAUGGUACCUGCUCCAGUGCCGCGUGCGGCCCGGGAACCCUGGGUUGCUGGCGCCUGCGCAGAGCCCUCUGUCCCAGGGAAAAAGGCUGGGGCAAAAGGCGGCUGAGAUUGGCAGAGUGAAAUAUUGCUGCCGAGAGAACGUAGCAGGGCACACGUCUCGCUUCUUUGCGCCUGGGUGCCCCCUUUCUCCCCAUCACCUACUUACUUCCUGACUGCAUCCUCUCUCCCUCUGGGACUUUUGCACCGGGAGCUCCAGAUUCGCUACCCUGCAGCGCUGUGAAGCCGUCAGGCAGUGGCACCCCGUGCACUGCAGAGACCCGACCCUCCUUGCUACCUUCCAGCCAGAACUACAGCAGGCUGAUUUCCCCCCUCCCCCACACUCUGCUCUUCCCAUGCAAAGCAGACCUCCGCGUCCUACCCUUCUGCAGGGCUGCAGUCCGGCCACCCUGAGACCUUGCUGCAGGGUGCCUCGGAUCCUGCUUGUGAUCCGCGGGGUCCAUUCCCCGCCCUCAGUCACUGCCCAGGGGGCGACAGCGGCAAUUGCAACCUCCAGUUUGUGUCAAGGUCCAGUUUGAAUGACCGCUCUCAGCCGGUGAAGACAUGACGACCCUGGACUCCAACAAUAACACAGGUGGUGUCAUCACCUACAUUGGCUCCAGCGGCUCCUCCCCAAGCCGCACCAGCCCUGAGUCUCUCUACAGCGACAGCUCAAAUGGCAGCUUCCAGUCCCUGACUCAAGGCUGCCCUGCCUACUUCCCACCGUCACCCACGGGCUCCCUCACCCAGGACCCAGCUCGCUCCUUUGGGAGCAUUCCACCCAGCUUAAGCGAUGAUGGCUCCCCUUCUUCAUCUUCCUCAUCAUCGUCCUCCUCCUCCUUCUAUAACGGGAGCCCCCCAGGGGGUCUACAAGUGGCCCUGGAAGAUAGCAGCCGAGUGUCCCCCAGCAAGAGCACCAGCAACAUCACCAAGCUGAAUGGCAUGGUGCUCCUGUGUAAAGUGUGCGGGGACGUGGCCUCGGGCUUCCACUAUGGCGUGCAUGCCUGUGAGGGCUGCAAGGGCUUUUUCCGUCGGAGCAUCCAGCAGAACAUCCAGUACAAACGGUGUCUGAAGAACGAGAAUUGCUCCAUUGUCCGCAUCAAUCGGAACCGCUGCCAACAGUGUCGCUUCAAGAAGUGUCUCUCCGUGGGCAUGUCUCGAGACGCUGUGCGCUUUGGGCGCAUCCCCAAACGAGAGAAGCAGCGGAUGCUUGCCGAGAUGCAGAGCGCCAUGAACCUGGCCAACAACCAGCUGAGCAGCCAGUGCCCGUUGGAAACCUCGCCCGCCCAGCACCCGACCCCAGGCCCCAUGGGCCCCUCACCACCUCCCGCUCCGGCCCCCUCACCCUUGGUGGGCUUCUCCCAAUUCCCACAACAGCUGACGCCUCCCCGGUCCCCAAGUCCUGAGCCCACGGUGGAGGAUGUGAUAUCCCAGGUGGCCCGGGCCCACCGAGAAAUCUUCACUUAUGCCCAUGACAAGCUGGGCACCUCACCCGGCAACUUCAAUGCCAACCAUGCGUCCGGCAGCCCUCCGGCCACCACCCCACACUGCUGGGAGAGUCAGGGCUGCCCUCCUGUCCCCAAUGACAACAACGUCAUGGCUGCCCAGCAUCAUAAUGAGGCCCUGAAUGGUUUACGCCAGGCUUCCUCCUCCUACCCUCCCACCUGGCCCCCUGGCCCUGCCCACCACAGCUGCCAGCAACCCAACAGCAAUGGGCACCGUCUCUGCCCCACCCACGGGUACCCAGCCCCAGAAGGUGAAGCCCCUGCCAACAGUCCACGGCAGGGCAACUCCAAGAACGUUCUGCUGGCGUGUCCCAUGAACAUGUACCCACACGGACGCAGUGGAAGAACCGUGCAAGAGAUCUGGGAGGAUUUCUCCAUGAGCUUCACACCCGCUGUGCGGGAGGUGGUAGAGUUUGCCAAGCACAUCCCUGGCUUCCGUGAUCUUUCUCAGCACGACCAGGUCACGUUGCUUAAGGCUGGCACCUUUGAGGUGUUGAUGGUGCGCUUUGCAUCGCUGUUCAACGUGAAGGACCAGACAGUGAUGUUCCUGAGCCGCACCACCUACAGCCUGCAGGAACUCGGAGCCAUGGGCAUGGGGGACCUGCUCAAUGCCAUGUUUGACUUCAGCGAGAAGCUCAACUCCCUGGCGCUUACCGAGGAGGAGCUGGGCCUCUUCACCGCAGUGGUGCUUGUCUCUGCAGACCGCUCGGGCAUGGAGAAUUCCGCUUCGGUGGAGCAGCUCCAGGAGACGCUGCUGCGGGCUCUUCGGGCUCUGGUGCUGAAGAACCGGCCCUCGGAGACUUCCCGCUUCACCAAGCUGCUGCUCAAGCUGCCGGACCUGCGGACCCUGAACAACAUGCAUUCCGAGAAGCUGCUGUCCUUCCGGGUGGACGCCCAGUGACCCGCCCGGCCGGCCUUCUGCCGCUGCCCCCUUGUACAGAAUCGAACUCUGCACUUCUCUCUCCUUUACGAGACGAAAAGGAAAAGCAAACCAGAAUCUUAUUUAUAUUGUUAUAAAAUAUUCCAAGAUGAGCCUCUGGCCCCCCGAGCCUUCUUGUAAAUAACUGCCUCCCUCCCCCCAUCACUGACCCUCCCGGCCUCCCCUAUUUAAAUCACUCUUUCCUCCCUCCACCUUAUUCUCUAGCCCCCCGAUUUGUUCUAUUCCUGUCUCAAAUCCAAUAGUUCACAGCUGAGCUGGCUUCUGUGGUGUGUGCUCGUUUGGGGGGCUGGGUGGAAAUAUUGCCAAGCCUGGGGCACACCUCUCCAUCUGGUCAGUUGGUGGGGUGGGUACUCUGCCAGCAGAUGGGAGGAUACAGGGAAACAGCACACAAAUCUAAGGGGGGUGCCCAAGGGGGUUAUUUUCAUCAUAUAUUUAUUACAUAAAUAUAUAGUAAAAUAGACGAGCAACAAUUACCAUAAAAAUAUCUUUCUUUAAAAUCCUGACCCAAAACACAACGGGGUGAAAAAUCGCACGUAACAGACAUACUGAUUGUCAACGUGGGGCAGGAGUAGGAGCCCCCCAAGUCACCCCUACCGGCCCCCCUCCCCCCUCCCUGGGGAAAGGGGACCUACCUCCUUCCCUGU